AUGGUAUUAAUUCAAACUUCAUACACCUCAAAGACUGUUGAAAUCGCAGCACCAGCCGACAAGGUCAUUCAAUUUAUUUUGGAUGUACCAACCACCGCCAAGCUCUACCCAUUCGUCGACAAGGUCGAAUCCGUCGGAGCCAACACCUUCAAGUGGACCAUGCAAGAGCGUAACGUCGGCAGCAUCAAGAUGAAGGCCUUCCACACUGCCAAGUACAUCAAGAGUGCCACCGGAGUCUCAUGGGAGAACGUCGUCGGCCAAGGCAACAUGAGCAGCUAUGGCAAGUUUGUCAUCACCGCUCAAGGCAACAAGACCCACGUCUCUGUCCAAGCCAACAUCGAGACUGACAUUGAAAUCCCCAAGUUGUUGGUUGGUUUUGCCCGUGCUAUGGGUGAACGUGAAAUGGCCCAAACCUGGGACGCCUACGUCGCCUCGAUCAAAAAGACCGUUGAAACUGGUAAGGUCACCGUCGUUGCCCCAGUCGAAGACACUGCCGUCCUCGACAAGAAGGACUUUGAAAAGGUCCGUAUGGGUGGUGAAGAGAUCCGUGUCGAAAAGUACAACACCAUGGUCUCUGACUACUAUGACUCUGUCACUGACACCUACCAAGAGGGUUGGGGUCAACACUUCCACUUUGCUCCAUUCAAAAACAACACUGAAACCCUCGAGGAAGCCGUCGUCCGUCUCGAACACGAUGUUGCCGAUGCUGCCCGUAUCACCAAGGACUCGUACGUCUUGGACGUUGGUUGUGGUGUCGGUGGUCCAACCCUCGAAAUCGCCCAAUACACUGGCUGCCGUAUCGUCGGUCUCAACAUCAACAAGAAGCAAGUCGAGAUCUGCCGUGACCGUGCCAAAAAGUUGGGUCUCGCUGACCGUGCCGCCUUCACCCACGGUGACGCCAUGAAGAUGCCAUACGCCGACAACACCUUUGACGUUGUCACCUUUUUCGAGUCCACCUGUCACAUGCCAGACAAGCAAGCCUUUGUCAAGGAAUGUUUCCGUGUGCUCAAGCCAGGAGGUCGUCUCUCUGGUACCGACUGGUUCCAAUGCGAGAAGCCAACCGAAAAGGAUAUGAUCCAAUUCAUCGAACCAAUCUGUGCUCAUCACUCUUGCCCACAUUUGACCUCUGUCCACGCCUACCGUCGUGACAUGGAAAACGCUGGUUUCAACGUACACAUUGCCAUGGAUCUUACCCAAGCCGGUGACAUCCUCCGUAACUGGGAGAUCCUCGACGGCAAGUCCAUCACCACCUUCAAGUCUCUUCCAAAGGGUUCAGUCGAUCCACUCAUUGAAAUGAUGAUUUCCGGUGCUAUUGCCCUCUCUGAAGGUGCUAGAGCUGGUGCUUUUGUCAUUGGUCGUUUCCUUGCUUCAAAGGAUUUCCCAAGAGCUAAACUCUAA